GAUGGAUUCCGCAGACCUAAGAGGUUCCAAGAGAAAAGCAGACGAUGCAGACACCCCUCCUUCUCCUGCUUCCGCUACUCCUCAGCUCCCCCGGAGAAUAAAGGUUCUCCUUUACCGUGCCUUAUCGGGGCUCCUUGCUGUGUGGCUUGUGCUGACUCGGCCUCUGUUUAUGCACAGCCUCUAGACCAGGUAGUUGUUAAUAAGAUAGCUGCUGGUGAAAUCAUCGUGGCCCCAGUCCACGCACUGAAAGAGCUCAUCGAGAACUCCGUUGAUGCGGGAUCCACCAGCAUCGAUAUCCUAGUGAAGGAUGGCGGGCUGAAGCUUCUCCAAAUCUCAGACAAUGGUCACGGAAUUGAUGUGAGCAACGCCCUGGGCGCAGUAGAGGCGGAAUUCGCUCAUGAUAGCUGAUUGGUUAAAUUAAUUUUAGGAAAAUGACUUGCCCAUUCUAUGUGAAAGAUUUACUACUUCCAAAUUACAGUCAUUUGAAGAUCUUCAGUCCAUUGGAACCUACGGUUUCCGGGGUGAGGCUUUAGCGAGCAUAAGUCACAUUGCUCAUCUGACCAUCACCACUAGAACGGCAAACUCACCUAUUGGCUUAAGGUAUGUGCAAUUCGAGCACCUUUGACGCUCAUUCAAUUGACCAUGUCCAAACUUUAGAGCAACCUAUUCAGAUUCAAAGUUAAUUACUCCAAAACCGGGUCAACCCGCGAACCCAAAGCCAGUACACCGCAACAAGGGAACACAAAUCACUGUGCGUUCCCUUCUUUUAUGCACUGCAUCGCUCCCCCCUUCCCCCCCCUUCCCCCCCUUACCCCGUGACUUCUAGACACUUGUGAAAUGGACUGGCUCUGCAUACCGCACGUAUAUAUGCGAUAUGCGUUCAGAUCUAGCCCGGCUUGCUUCACCAAUGCCUGAGAUCGGGUCUCGGGCGUCAUGAGUUGGUUGUGACAAACUGCAUGACUUCUAACGUCGUCUAUAGGUCGAAGAUCUCUUCUAUAAUGUACCUAGUCGGCGUCGAGCAUUCCGCAGCCCCUCAGAAGAAUAUACCAAAAUUCUUGAUUUAGUUGGUAGACACGCCGUGCAUUGCGGAGGCGUUGCUUUUAGUUGUAAGAAGGUAGCAGCUUCUUUGAAACUUCUUCGAGUCAAGUUCUAAAUUGUCCUCUUAGUAUGGUGACGCAGAUGUGGGUGUAUCUACUACGGCAGGGGCCACAACCACUGAUCGUAUCCGGCGAAUUCACGGCAAUGCUGUCGCGAAUGAACUCUUGCCAUUUGAAGUUUCAGACGAGUACCUUGGAUUUAAAGUGAAGGGCAUGCUAAGUAAUGCCAAUUAUCAUGUCAAGAAAACGACGCUGCUUCUUUUUAUCAACAGUGAUCUAACCCCUCUUGGUUAUAGACCUAAGCAAGGCAUUGAUUGAUUCUAACUUCCCAGGCAGAUCGCUCCGUAGAUUCCUCUUCCAUCAGGAAAGGGAUCGAAUCCACAUACGCACCGUUUCUCCCGAAAGGUGGUCAUCCGUUCGCAUAUAUGUCUCUGGAUAUCGAGCCUCACCGGGUGGAUGUCAACGUACAUCCAACCAAACGGGAAGUCAACUUCCUUCACGAGGAGGAGAUCGUGCAAAAAAUAUGCGAAUCGCUACAAGAGAAGCUGGCGGCAGUUGAUACUUCCAGGUCUUAUGCACUGACGCAGGCACUUCUUCCAUCGGCCAAGGCUGUUCCUAGCAACUCCUCAGGACAGAAGGCCGCUGCAAGGGCGGCAAGUAGAACGGAAGAAGGCGCACAGCCACUCGUUGCGAAACCCAAAAAACCUUAUGAUUACAAUAUGGUGAGAGCCGACACACGUGAUCGAAAAAUUACCACAAUGCUGCAGCCGAAGUCUCAAAAGGAAGACGGGGGAAGCGCGGAGGGUGACGAAUACGAGUAUGACGACAAUCGCCAAUGGACUUCCGUCAAGUAUCAGACCAUAAAGAAACUAAGGAAGGCAGUAUGGGACACCAAGCAUAAGGAUCUCUGCGAGCUAUUUCACAAUCAUGCCUUUGUUGGAAUAGUUGAUGAACAAAGGCGUUUAGCAGCAGUGCAGCAUGGCCUGAAGCUCUAUCUCGUCGACUAUGCAGCCGUUGCCUUUGAACUGUUUUAUCAGAUUGGGCUUUCGGACUUUUCAAAUUAUGGCACCAUCCGUCUAAACCCUCCUUUGGCAUUGAAGGAUAUUCUGGAAAUCGCAGUUGAGGAUGAAAGGAAAAGGGCGGAAGAUGUCGACUCGGACUCUAGCAAUGAAUUCGAUUGGGAAGGUGCUUAUAAGGUAAAAUAUUCGUGCGCCACGGAAUCGGCUAUUAUUUCCUGCUAACCCGGAUGCGUUUUCUUUUCUUUUUUUUUUUUUUUAGAUCGUGGAUACCCUCGUCAGCAGAAGGGACCUGUUGAAGGAAUAUUUCUCAAUGGACAUCAGCGAACAGGGUGAAUUGGUGAGUAUUCCGCUUCUGCUGAAGGGCUACAUGCCCAGUCUUGGAAAGUUGCCCUCCUUCAUACUCCGGCUCGGACCCAAUGUGAGACCGCCCCCAUUCGCUCCCUUCCCUGUGCAGAGCGCACGGAACUGAUAAAUCGUUGGGCCAGGUGGAUUGGUACUCGGAACUUGAGUGCUUCGACACGUUUUUACGGGAACUAGCCCUGUUCUAUGUUCCAGAAAUACUGCCGAAGGUUGACACGAGCUCCGAUUCGCCGGAUAACGAGAAGGAGGAAGAAGGCGGCGCAGGCGGUUGGAGGGAUGCUACCGCGCUUGCAAAGAGGAAAGACGAGCUGAACCGAACAGUUGAAACGAUACUAUUCCCUGCUUUUAAAAGGAGGCUAAUCGCGCCACCAUCUCUGCUUCAAGGCGUCACCGAGAUUGCCAACCUGAGGGGCCUGUACAAAAUUUUCGAAAGGUCGUGUUGA